AGGCGCAAGGGUUUAGAGGAGGACUGGAGUUGAGGCUUCAAAGCCUUGGGUUCAGGGGUUAGAGCACCGAAUAUAUGGAAGACCUCCCGACUGACUCCUCCAUUUCAUUCCUUCCCCAUUUGGAGGCCAAGAUCCGCCAGACACACAACCUUGCCCGCCUCCUGACCAAAUAUGCAGAACAGCUGCUGGAGGAAUACGUGCAGCAACAGGGAGACCCCUUUGGGCUGCCGGGCUUCUCUCCACCGCAGCUGCCGCUGACCGGCCUGAGUGGCCCAGCCCCGAGCCACGAGAGGCUGCCGGUGUCCGAGCGGCUGCGGCUGGAUGCGGCCGCCUUGAGCGCGCUGCCCGCGCUGCUGGAUGCUGUGCGCCGCCGCCAGGCGGAGCUGAACCCGCGCGCCCCGCGCCUGCUGCGGAGCCUGGAGGACGCUUCCCGCCAGGCUCGGGCACUGGGCAUCGCGGUGGAGACGGUGCUGGCCGCUCUGGGCGCUGCAGCCCGCGGGCCCGGGCCAGAGCCCGCCGCCGCCGCCGCCCUUUCUACGGCCAACAGUGCUGCGGGCGUCUUCUCGGCCAAGGUGCUUGGGCUGCACGUGUGCGGUCUCUACGGCGAGUGGGUGAGCCGCACGGAGGGCGACUUGGGCCAGCUGGUGCCUGGGGGCGUCGCCUGAGAGUCGGCACUUAUUCUUGCAAGCUCACCUGAUCCCGCCUCCUUGGCCUCUAAUUCUCUGUCUCUCUAUCCGCGUCGGUGUGUUCUUGGGCUGCUUCUAUCUUUCUGCAUUGUGUGUGGCCACUUCGGGAGCAACCUGUGCCCACCAGUUUCUCUCUCCCCCCCCUCCCCUCUCUCUCUCUCUCUCUCUCUCUCUCCUCUCUUCCUCCCAUCUUGAACUCUUUUGUCUCUGAGAGGUUUCUGUUUCUCUUGUCUCUUGCUUCUUUGUUUGCUUUUUUGUUUGUUUGUUUGUUUGUUUGUUUUGUUUUUGAGAUAGGGUCUUACUAUGCAGUCCUGAGUGGUCUGGAACUCGUUUUGGGGACCAGACUGGCCUCGAACGCAUUGAGAUCCACUUGCCUCUGACUCCUAGUUUCCCCUUCGUCUCCCUAUGGUCUAUAUGGGUAUGUGUAACUCUUGAUUUCAGCUCAUGGAGGGGACUCUUUCUCUCCCUUCAGUUCCUUCAUUCUUUCCUGACCAGAAAAGUGCUUGCUGGGCCUGCUCUGGGCCAGCCCACCCUCAGGACCGUCCUCCUGCUGUGCUCCCCCCUCUCCCCAUCCUUUGGCUCCUUCCCCCUUUGAUGUCUUUCCCUUUCUUAACUCCCUACCCUGUUCCCAAUGGCCCCCAGCCCUAGCCUGGUCUGUGGAGAGGGGAAGGCAGAAAAACAUCUUAAGAGAGUUUUAUUUGAGAAUAAAUUAAAUUUUGUAAAUAAAACAUUUAACAAUAAAACCUAAGUUUUAUGAAA